GUAGAGUCACGUUCCCCAUGGCUUCGUCCAAAGAACAACAAUUGGAAACAGAGAACGACACAAUUAAAUGUCCACUUUGCUUCGAACCAUUCACAGAACCUAAACUACUGGAUUGUUUACAUACUUUUUGCAAGGAAUGUCUUGAAAAGCUUUGUGAACACACUGGAGAUCGAAAGAUAAUUUUGUGCCCUCUUUGUCGACAUGAAUAUUCGAUACCUAAAAAUGGCAUUGAUGGGAUCAAACAUAACUACUAUAUGGAAAUGCUGCUCAAAGAAAAAGAAGCUCUCUGUCAAGCAUGCGAGAACGGCGACAAAGCGACAAAGCGAUGUUUUGAUUGCGACCAGAACCUUUGCCCAAAUUGUUACAGGAUUCACCAAAAUUUGAAGACAACCAGGUCGCAUCGAAGCGGUGAUAUUGGUAAUGAAAUCCAAGGAAUGCAAACGCAGACUUUUUACUGCCCAAGGCAUAGAAAAGAAGAACUUAAGUUUUUUUGUUGUCAGUGCGAGACUAAUAUAUGUCGUGAUUGUAAACUUACGAAACACGAAGGGCAUAAAACAGAAGACUUAGAUAUCAUUGCUGAAAAUUCGAAGAAGGCAUUGGACUCAAAACUGAAGAAUUUGACCAACUUAAAUGAAAUGUUAUUAACUACAAGAGAAGACUCUAUGAAGGUACUAAAAGAUCUUAAUGGGAAACGAGAUAAUCUUAUUCAGUCUAUCAAAGAACAAACACAACAUAUUGUUGAGCGCAUUAGAACGCUUGAAGGCAAAUUGGUCAACGAAGUAGACACUCAUUUUGAAAAAGAAAAAUCGUUUCUGGAAGACAAACAUUCUGCCAUUGCUCAAUCCACCGUUUCCCUAAAAUGCCAGUGUGUCUAUAUUCAGCAAGUUCUGAAGCAUGGGGUACUACCCGAUGUAACACAAGCUAACGCUUCCUUACAGAACUUGAAAAUGAAGGAACUCUGCAGUGAGCAAUGCACAGUAAAUUCCUAUACUCUUCCAGUAUUUGUUCCUUCUGGGUUCGAAGCUCAAACCCAAACUAUCGGAAAGUUAAAUUUUACAUCAAUCGAUUUAACACUCCAGGAAACACUCCAUUUUCAAAGCGAUUGUCCCGUCAACAACGUGAUUUCAGAAAUAUUUCCAUCCCUGGAUGGUACAAAAUCCUGGAUUUUAUUUCAACACGUGAAUAAAUCACCAAAGCAAUCCCAACAAAUAGCGGGCGCUCUUUAUUCAGAGGAAGGUAACUUGAUGUCCGUAGUCAGAGGCAAUAUAACUCAGAUAUUAUUUGUACCCUCAGGAGAGGAAUUGCGAUUUUCCAAAGCACCAAUAUGGAUCUCUGUUGAAGAGAAAAAAGGAGAAAGCAAGUCACCCUUUUCUAAACCAGAUCUCCGCUCUGUGACUUUGAGCAACAAGGGCGAGAUCAUGAUACUUCUAACAGAAAACCGUGUGGAGACUUUGUCAAGCAGCGGUGAGACGUUAAAUAUUGUUGAACUGGAGUAUGUCGUAUCUGCUGAUAGAAUGGCACUUGGUGGAGAUAAAGUGUACUGUUUAGACAGGUCAAAACAAAGUAUUGCGUGUUUUACAAAGGAUUUUGAUUUUUUCCGAUCUGUUGGUCCCUCUAAAUCAUAUCUGGCUACUUUUGACCCAAUAUCCAUUUGUUGCGAUAGAAAAGGAAACGUUUUUGUAUGUGAUUACCAGAACGACCGCGUCUGUUGCCUUAUUGGUUGGCAAUUUAUAACAGUUAUCAGAGGAAUCCAACGCCCUGUAGCAGUUGCUGCAGACAGCCGAGACAGACUCUGGGUCGGGAAGCAGAACGGAGAAAUUGUAAUUUACGAAAUUAAGGAAAAACUCUAGACAUCAGUAUUAAAUCAGUAUUAAAUCUCGAAAGUUGUUCUAGUAACAUAUUCUAGGGAUAUAAGAGUAUGACAUCAUUAGUACAGAAAACAUCUUUAAGAAUUAUACUUUUACUUAGAGUUUUAAAAAAUACAAAAUGAUCAAAAAUAUACUUAGAGGUUUAAGUCACAGGUCAAAAGUUAUUUUAUUUAGAAUCAACUCCUUUUUCAGCAAAUCUACAACAGAAGCUCUUACAAUAGUGAGCCACCCAAAUGACUUUUUCCUAGUAAAUAUUCAAAAUAUGUAACAUACUGUGGUAUAUUUUAUUUCAAGUUCACUGGGAUAUAUCGAGUCGAUAUAUGCAUAUGAUUCAAGUAAUUAUUGUUGUUUGAAAAACGUCGUCAAAAUGUCGAGGUGAAGGUCAUGGCAAGUGUUUUCUUCUUCUCGUGCAUAUGUUUUUGAUAAAUUCUGCUUCAGAUAAAUACCAAAAUAGACCAUCACAUAAUGGUUUGCAAUUGGUAUUCUUUGGAACUCCAAUAGACUGGAUGAU